ACCGUGAGGAAAGAAAAUGAUAAUAAUAAAAUUGGAGGAAAAAAGGAGCGGAGAAGUGAAGGAAGGCGUCGGUAGUAGACGCUCCGUCUCCUUCUCUUCCUUUCCUUUGCGUCCGCCGUCCGAUCAACAGUUCCUCGAGAAGCAAACCGACGACCUCUUGCUCCACCUUUGACGGUGGAGCUACCUUGCGACCUGAACACUCAGUUCGAACAAGUUGCAUAUCAUCGUUUCUUCUCCAUUUCACACUACAAGUUCUGCAUCACGUUUUUUCACGACUGGGUGUGUCUUGCAGCAACGUUUUUGGCUUGUGGGAUAUGGCUGAACGACAACCAAUCGACCAACAACAUUCGCUUGAUCCACAAUUGCAAUCAUCACAGUCUCCAAGAGAAGAUAUGAUUGCAUAUGUGAUGGCCUUGGAAGCUGCUCUGCUUCCGUGCUUGCCUGCAAGAGAACUACAGGCAAUAGACCGUUCUCCUCACCCUUCUCAUCAAGUUGACGUGGAGAGACAUGCUAGGGAUUUCAUGGAAGCAGCUAAAAAGCUUCAAUUGUAUUUCAUUGGUUUACAGCGUGAGGAUCAACCAACCAAAGUGGAAACACUAAGAAAGGAGAUAUCUGCCAUUGAGGAGGAAUUAAAGGUAAAAAAUGAAAUAAUCAAGAAACAGGAGAAACUCAUUGAAGGAUGGAAGAAGGAUUUGAAAGACCAGUUAGACAAACAUAACAAUGAGUUAGAGAAAGUUUAAUUAGAAUAGGUUUGUGAUCCCAUGUUCUAUUGUUUAGUUGUUUGUAGAUCUUGUUAAUUACGUACUUUCACUGUGAAUGUAGGUGGGCUUAUUGACUAGUCUUGCUUAACUACGUUCAUUGUGCGGUUGUGCCUAGUUUUCUUCUUAAAUGUUCGAAAUAGUAAUGAAUUUUAUUUAACAAAAUUUGACUUAAAAAUUGUUUAUUGAACC